UUAUGCAUCGCGUCUUGGUGGAGCCAGACACUCGACGGGGACCGUUACAAGACUGCGAACGCGGCUCGUUUGGCCUCCAUAGCUCAUCUCCCAAGCGAGAAAGAGGAAAAAGGUUCUGCGGCAAUGAACGUGGAGGAAGAAGUGGAUCGACUAAAGGAAGAGAUAAAGAGGUUGGGUCAGCACCAACAGGAUGGUUCCUAUAAGGUCAAGUUUGGAGUCCUGUUCAAUGAUGACAGGUGCGCUAACAUAUUUGAAGCACUGGUUGGAACCCUGAGGGCAGCAAAGAAGAGAAGAGUGGUCACGUAUGAUGGUGAGCUGCUGCUUCAGGGUGUUCAUGACAAUGUGGAAAUAACCCUCUUGCCCUCCGCAGUCGCAGCUGCCUAAUUGCCCAUGAUAUUUGUGACAAUAAACUGUGUUAUAUGCAUUGCAGCUGUCUUGUUCGGAGAUGGGUGUCUCAAAAUAAAUGAUUUGAUUGUUGAUAUUUCGCUUGAGAGCUUUACCUGGUUUGUAGCAUGUUCGAGUUCGUGUCAUCGACGCUCUGUGAAACUGGAUUAACCAAGUAUUAUCAUUCCAAUUUCAUUUUGGUACUACA